ACAUUCCGUGUCACAGCAUCUCACCUUCUGUUUCUGCUGAAAAUGGUGAGAAAAAGGAGAUCUCCUCUCCACAUUGUAAAAGCUCACAAACUUGCACCCUGGGAUGGCUUCAGAGUCUUACUGUCAUGGGACCAGCAGUACCUUUGAAAUGAACAAGAGGGAUAUCCUGUUAUUUGCCAAAGCAUCAUGGACUCACCUGGAUGAAGAUUCUCUGACUCCAACUGUAGUAGACAACCCUCUUCCUCUUUCACAGCUUGAAGAUUCUAAAGAAGAAAAUAUUCGCCACUGGCUGGAUUCUGGGUUCUUUUUAUCUACAAGUGAAGAUUUACAACAAGACAGAGAAAAAGCAGUUUCCUUGGCUAACCCAGGAAUGGUGCAAAUGACUGUGCAAAGCUAUAUGAGAUCUCUGCGUCAGUUUUCAGAAACUCCUCUUAUGUCAAGAUGGAACAGUUUCAACUCGUCCCAUUCUCUUCCUAGUGCACCGAAAAGUAUCACUGAAUGGUUGGAGCUCUGGGAAAAGGAUCCAGUUGAGAUUCUGCUGGAUUUGGGGUUUGGAACAGAAGAACCUGACAUUUGCACUAAAAUCCCUUCUCGAUUCAUCAGUAAUGCUUCAGUAGCAAAAGGAAUCAACAUCCGAGUCUUUCUGGAAGCUCAAAAGCAGCGUAUGGACAUUGAGAAUCCCAAUUUAUAUGGGCGUUUUCGACAACUGGAAGUCUUGGAUCAUGUGACUAGUGCCUUCUCCUCUUUGCUGAAUGGUGUUAACACCCAGCAACAGAAAUCAGAGCAGAGUAAUGGGGAAGAAAAGAGCAUGACGGACAUUGAGAGGAACAAAGCCGAGGCCACACGAGCCAAGCGGAGAAGGCUAGGUCAUCUUCUGAGAAAAGCUUCUAGACAAGCAACAGUACUGCAAAGGAGCGCUCGGGCUUCUGGAAGUUCAGAGUCAUUCAAGGAUAGAGAAGAACAGUCUCCCACCUAUGCUGAGAUGGACCGGCGCACAGCAAUCAGGACAGGCUUUUCUGAAAAUAAUACCUUGGUGGGUCUGACAGAGGAACAUUCUUCCACUGAGGAUGAUGCACUGACAUUAUCACAGCUGCCACAGGCUCCAACCGGGAAAUCUCAGGUUUAUUCAUAUAUACCUAUAAAGCAGCCCCAGCUUCCUUCUGCAUCGGAGAUGGCUGUCAAAGACAGACCAAGGAAAGAGUCCAAUUUGCUCUUGACCCACACACUCAGAAGGGUGUCUGGUCUAAAGGGCAAGCCUCCAGAUUCAUUUGAAAUGGAAGAGAUCCAGAGCUUUGAGGAUGAACCUCCAGGGGGAAAUCUUCAUGACAGCACUUCAGAAGUGCUGGUGACAAGAACAAACAGCUGCCAGUCUGACAGCAGUGGAUUUCUGGAGGAACCACCGGAGCCCUUACCUUUACAAAAUCCACCUUUUCCAGGACACCUGAACCUCAGCUGUGAUACCCAUGACCGAAAAGUAGCUCUGCCACAUAGAACAGCUCUCGCUGUGUCACACCAGGAUUUUCAUCAAAAACCAAAGGGCCCUGUUGCUAACACCUCCACUGCAGAUUGCAAGAACAUUCCAAGGGUGUCUAGUCCAGAUAGAGAACACAAGGACCAGAGGGAAGAGACCGCCCUCUCACUAACUGUGGAAGAUGGUCUACAUCAAGUCUUCAGUGAUCAAUCAGAGGGUUUUGUCAAAGAAAUGGUGUACAAUGCGAAUAAGCAGGAGAUUAAAAUUGGAAGAGGGCAAUUGGAGAAAGAGGAGAGCUGCAUACAACAGCAAACUCCAUGUUUUCAGGCUGGUAAUCAGGAUGUGAGAGAUAUUGUCACCCCAGAACCUGACUGUCAUUUAUACUUUGGUUCAUUACCCAAAACUCCAGCUCCAUCUCACGCUGAAGAGAAUGGAACAACUCCCAUUGACUUCACUGGCAGUGGAGGCUGUGCCAAACAAGAGGCAAGAGAGGGACCUUUGACUGAGGAGGAUGCUGGGAAAGUACUUAAGGAAAAUAUCCAGGAAGGUAUUACAGGACAUGUAAAAGGAAAGCAAUGUGAUAAGGAGAUUUUCAGUAAAGUUGAUACCCUGGUUCCAGUCACCAACGCCACAAGUGGUCAGCAGUUUUGCAAACCGGACAUUGAUAUACACAGUAUAAGCCGCUCUUGUGAAACAGGGACACCAGAGACCCAAUGGCAGGUCUCAGAAGUACAAAAUGAAAGCAAGGUUAUUUCAAGCAGUUCUUUACAAGUGGCUAAUUUUUCUGCUUACUGCAGAUCUGAAUUUAGUUCCCAGGAAAGCACAGAGACUUGCUGUUUGGGUAAAAUAUCAGAAGCCAACAAAAUGGAGAAGAAUGAUUCUGCCCAAAACGCUGAAAUACACACUAAUCCCUCCAAGUCUGUUACUGUUCAGAUGUCUUCAAGGCUGGUGUCCACUGUGCAAAAAGUUUCCCUGAGUGAAGGCCUUGGCAAAGGCCAGUCUUUAGAAAUUAAAUCCAUAGGGUCCCAAUGCUCUGAGGGUGAGCCAGUAAUUACUUCAGAACUGGGUAUUUUGAAGGAAAGUCUAAAGGAGACGAGAGAAGCUUCGAUUCAAACUGACACAAUUGGAAUAAAAACAAGAAAUUGGUGGCCUGACCCAAAUCUUCUCCCUCCAUUCUGUAGACGUGGUCAUCUCACAAAAUCAGUCUCCCUAGACACUGGGCUUCAUGGGAAAUACAGAUCAUCCUACCAUGAAACAUUGGGUGCCCAGUCUGCCCAGUGCGGUCACAGCUGUCAUUGUGUCUGCUGCCAUCAUUGCUGCUUUCAGUGGGCCUUUCCCUUCACUGCUUCCUCCGAACAUCUUGGGGCCUGUUGUUCAAAUCACAGCUCCGUAGAGUUACAGCUUUUGAAAACGUUAGAGCUCCUGCAGGAUACAGCAGUGAGGAGUAUUUCUCCAUGCACAAUCCAUGAAAUAGAAGCUAUGAAGCGUUCUUGCCAGAGUUUCCGGGAGAAGCUAGAUGAGAUCGAGCAGCACCUGGUAGAGCAACAUGAUCUUUUUUCCAGUGCUAUGUCAGAUGAAGGAAGGGAGGAAAAAAGACAACUGCAGGUCUUACGUCAAGCUGUUCGUCGUGAGGUUUCUGAACUGGAAUUCCAGCUGAAUGAUCGAUCUCGCCAGGCUAGGGAGGGAAUUCUGAUGCUGGACCAAUUACUAGGAGAACAAUCCCAUCUGUUUUCAGAGCUUGGACUCCCUGAUUGGAGGGAAGAAAGAAAUGCCCAGAAUAAACAAGUUGCUCCAGAUGCCGCUGACACUACGCAUCCUAGAGCUGGGUGCUCAGAAACGGUAGUUCCAAGGCGCCUGAGCAGAAGUGAAACAUUCCCAUCAGCUCCAUCAGCCUCAAUGCCAGGAACGCCAGAGAUACAGUUUCCUGCUAUGGCAACAGCGGAGCUAGACCCACAGGAACUCCACACCAGUAAAAAGGAAAUAAAAGGUCCUCCCCAGCCAAAAAUUGACUUUAAGGCUUUUCUACAGAGUCUGAAGAAAUCGUUCCAAAAUUUUCAGUAAUGACAUAGCAGAAUGAAGAGAUUGAAGGAAGACUGACAACUGUG